UGCAUGCGAGAGCCAUCCCCGAGCUUUUCUCCCCACCGAGAGACGGCCCCAUCCAUCCAUCCAUCGCCGCCGAUCAUCGUCGUCGCCGUCGCUCCCAGGCCCCCUCCGGCCAACCAAUUGAAGAGAAUGAUGAUGACAAUGUGAUGCAUGGGCAACUCGUGCCGCGGCUCCUUCACGCCCACCUACACAUCCACGACGGCCGACGAGUACAAGCGCGGCAGCUCCCGGUCCUUUGUCACGUCGUCGUCGGCCACCUCCCUCCUCUCGGCGGCGAGCAGCAGCAGCGCCGCAGCAGGUAGCCGUGCGGUCGGCAGCAUGCGCGGCGGUCACCAGCAGCAGCUGUCGUCCCCCACGGCCGUGCUGGGGCACGCCACGCCGCCGCUGCGCGAGCUCUACGCCGUGGGGCGCAAGCUCGGGCAGGGCCAGUUCGGCACCACCUACCUGUGCACGGAGCUCGCCACCGGCACCGCGCUGGCCUGCAAGUCCAUCGCCAAGCGCAAGCUGCUCACCCCUGAGGACGUCGACGACGUCCGCCGCGAGAUCCAUAUCAUGCACCACCUCGCCGGCCACGCCAGCGUCGUCACCAUCAAGGGCGCCUACGAGGACCCGCUCUACGUCCACAUCGUCAUGGAGCUCUGCGAGGGUGGCGAGCUCUUCGACCGCAUCGUCGACCGCGGCUACUUCUCCGAGCGCAAGGCCGCCGAGAUCGCGCGCGUCAUCGUCGGCGUCGUCGAGGCCUGCCACUCCCUCGGGGUCAUGCACCGGGACCUCAAGCCCGAGAACUUCCUGCUGCUCAAGAACAACGACGGCAAGGACGGCGACGGCGACGAGGCGGAGCUCAAGGCCAUCGACUUCGGCCUCUCCGUCUUCUUUAAGCCGGGGCAGGUCUUCACCGACGUCGUGGGCUCCCCCUACUACGUCGCCCCCGAGGUGCUCUGCAAGCACUACGGCCCCGAGGCCGACGUGUGGACGGCGGGGGUCAUCAUCUACAUCCUCCUCAGCGGGGUGCCGCCCUUCUGGGCCGAGACGCAGCAGGGCAUCUUCGACGCCGUCCUCCGGGGUACCAUCGACUUCGACUCCGAGCCAUGGCCCGCCAUCUCCGACAGCGCCAAAGACCUCAUCCGCCGCAUGCUGCGCUCGCCCCCCGCCGAACGCCUCACCGCGCACCAGGUCCUCUGCCACCCGUGGAUCUGCGAGAACGGCGUCGCCCCGGACAGGCCCCUCGACCCCGCCGUCCUCUCCAGGCUCAAGCACUUCUCCGCCAUGAACCGCCUCAAGAAGAUGGCGCUCCGGGUCAUCGCCCAGAGCCUCUCCGACGAGGAGCUCGCGGGGCUCAAGGAGAUGUUCAAGGCCAUGGACACAGACGCCAGCGGCGCCAUCACCUUCGACGAGCUCAAGGAGGGCCUGCGCCGCCACGGCUCCAACCUGCGCGAGAGCGAGGUCCGGGACCUCAUGGACGCCGCCGACGUCGACCGCAGCGGCACCAUCGACUACGACGAGUUCAUCGCCGCCACCGUCCACAUGAGCAAGCUCGACCGCGAGGAGCACCUGCUCGCCGCGUUCGCCUACUUCGACAAGGACGGCAGCGGUUACAUCACCGUCGACGAGCUCGAGCAGGCCUGCAGGGACCACAACAUGGCCGACGUCGGCAUCGACGACAUCAUCAGGGAGGUCGACCAGGACAACGACGGCCGCAUCGACUACGGCGAGUUCGUCGCAAUGAUGAAGAAGGGCAUCAUCGGGCACGGCAGGCUCACAAUGAGGCACAACUCCGACGGCAGCGUCCUGCACGGCGCCUGCACAACCAUGGAUCCAUGUCUUUAAUUCCAUUUGCACGGGGAAUAAAUUAAUUAAACAUCCAGCACAGGUAUUUCUUUUUUUUUCUUUUGCUGCAAAGCUUUUAUAUACACACCUAUAUAUAUGUAAAGGUUUAUUUUUGAAUGUAAAGGUCAUCCAUACUAUUAUUGUACAUUGUAAUCAAAUUCGAUUCAUUUGCCAGUAUCAGAUGCCAAGUAAACUUGUACACCUACACUGAUGGUAAAUUCAAUUAGAUGGGAA